AUGGAUGAGUACAAGAAUGCCAACUCUCUCUUUCCAGAUGUAGUGAAGUGUAUGCAGACUGACAACCUGGGACUAAAGAAGCUCGUGUAUCUCUACUUGAUGAACUAUGCCAAGAGUCAGCCAGACAUGGCCAUCAUGGCUGUCAACAGCUUUGUGAAGGUGGUGGCUAAUGCUGUAGCAGCAUUAUCUGAAAUCAGUGAAUCUCACCCAAACAGCAACUUACUCGAUCUGAAUCCACAGAACAUUAAUAAGCUACUGACAGCCCUGAAUGAGUGUACCGAGCGGGGCCAGAUUUUCAUCCUGGACUGCCUGUCUAAUUACAACCCUAAAGAUGACCGGGAGGCUCAGAGUAUCUGUGAGCGGGUAACUCCUCGGCUAUCUCAUGCCAACUCAGCAGUGGUGCUUUCAGCAGUAAAAGUCCUAAUGAAAUUUCUAGAGUUGUUACCCAAGGACUCUGACUACUACAAUAUGCUGCUGAAGAAGUUGGCCCCUCUACUUGUCACAUUGCUGUCUGGGGAGCCAGAGGUGCAGUAUGUCGCCCUGAGGAACAUCAACCUAAUCGUCCAGAAAAGGCCUGAAAUCUUGAAGCAGGAGAUCAAAGUUUUCUUUGUGAAGUACAAUGAUCCCAUCUAUGUGAAACUAGAGAAAUUGGACAUCAUGAUUCGUUUGGCAUCCCAAGCCAACGUUGCUCAGGUUCUGGCAGAACUGAAGGAAUAUGCCAUAGAGGUGGAUGUCGACUUUGUGCGCAAAGCUGGGCGGGCCAUUGGACGGUGUGCCAUCAAGGUGGAGCAAUCUGCAGAGCGCUGUGUAAGCACAUUGCUUGAUCUCAUCCAAACCAAAGUAAAUUAUGUGGUCCAAGAGGCGAUUGAUAUCUUCUGCAAAUAUCCCAACAAAUAUGAAAGUAUCAUUGCCACUUUGUGUGAGAACUUAGACUCACUGGAUGAGCCAGAUGCUCCAGCAGCUAUGAUUUGGAUUGUGGGAGAAUAUGCUGAAAGAAUUGACAAUGCAGAUGAGUUACUAGAGAGCUUCCUGGAAGGUUUUCAUGAUGAAAGCACCCAGGUACAGCUCACUCUGCUUACUGCCAUAGUGAAGCUGUUUCUCAAGAAACCAUCAGAAACGCAGGAGCUGGUACAGCAGGUCUUGAGUUUGGCAACACAGGAUUCUGAUAAUCCUGACCUUCAAGACCGGGGCUCUAUUUAUUGGCGCCUUCUCUCAACUGAUCCUGUCACAGCCAAAGAAGUAGUCUUGUCUGAGAAGCCACUGAUCUCUGAGGAGACAGAUCUUAUUGAGCCAACUCUGUUGGAUGAGCUCAUCUGCCACAUUGGUUAUUUGGCCUCAGUGUAUCAUCAGCCGCCCAAUGCUUUUGUGGAAGGAAGUCAUGGAAUCCAUCGCAAACACUUGCCAGUACAUCAUGGGAGGUAAGCAGGUAAACUAGGUUUGAGUGAGAAGUGAUUCUCUGUUUAGACGAAGUUGGUCUUCCUCAAGCUUUUAUAGCCUAGAAAAAUUUGCUAUGCAUUUGGCAAACCUACUCUACUGCCCUGGAGGCUUCAUCUGAAUACUAGUGACCACACACAAACAAUGGGUUAAAAGGCCCCUCUGUGUUCUAA